CAAGUACUCUCCUCACAAACAAUCUUUUUCCUUUUCCAUAUUUCUUUCUUUCUUUCUUUCUCCCCAAACAAACAAAAAUCAAAAAUCAAAAGAAAAUACUUCUCUCUUCUCAUCUCAAUCUCCAUCUCUUAUCUCAUCUCAACAAACACAUACACGUAUUUUUGUUUUAUUUUUUUUUCUCUUUUGAAUCCAUCUAUUUUUCUAUGUAUUUUCUUCCAUCUCUAUAUAUACACCCAGAUCUCGGCUUUCAAUUUUCCUCUCUUACUUCUCUAUCAGCUUCAUUGCCCAGACCCUGAUCAAACCUAAGACAGAGAAACAUUUUUUUGAUUGAAUUUUGAUACGAAAGAAGGGAUUUUUCAGAUAUGGGUUCGGUUCCACCUGAACUCAGCUUGAAUUUUAAACCAACUUUUCUACCUAAAACUGUCAAUGAUUUUCUCCGUGAGGUUUCGAUGAUCGGAAACGUUUCUGAUAAGGUUUCUAAACUUGACGCCUUUGUCAAGGGAUUAGAAGAGGAAAUGAAAAAGAUCGAUGCCUUUAAACGAGAGCUUCCUCUUUGCAUGCUCCUCUUGAAUGAUGCAAUUGUAGCGCUGAAGGAAGAGCUAAUGCAAUGUAUAUCAUCAAAGAAUGUGAAACCAGUUUUGGAGGAAUUUAUUCCCUUGAAGAAGAGUAGUUCUGAUGAUGAAGAUGAAGAGACUCCAACCGUUAAAAAGGAAAAUGAUUCUAGUAAAGAUAACAAGAAAAAUUGGAUGAGCUCUGUGCAGCUCUGGAAAACUGAUGACCAUAAAACUACUGAUCCCAUUGUUAAUCCCAAACAGAAUACCGAUCUAAAACUUAAGAGAAAUGAUGAAGAGAAUCCAUUUAAAAGCAGGACUGAAGCAAGGGCAUUUAUGCCGUUUAAAGCCUAUCCUGGUUUUGCAAGGAAGGAAGACAUAGAGGAAUUCCCUGUUCAUGGGUUGUCUCUGGUUACUCCAGGAAUCAAGAAUCCCAAAGAGGAUACAGGUUCUAGUGGUUCAAGAACCAGUUGUAGCAAAUCAAUUUCCUCGUCUGCCCCUAAUGCAACUGGACCACAACCACCACACCAGCAGACUAACAGGAAGCAGAGGAGAUGCUGGUCCCCUGAGUUGCAUCGGCGGUUUGUUAAUGCCUUGCAACAACUUGGAGGCGCAGCAGCUGCCACUCCAAAGCAGAUUCGAGAACUUAUGCAAGUUGAUGGCUUGACGAACGAUGAAGUGAAGAGCCAUUUGCAGAAAUACCGACUUCAUACUCGUAGAGUACCACCUACUACUGCAGCUGCUCCUGCAAACCAUUCCGAAGUUGUUUUGGCAAGUUUGUGGAUGUCCCAGGAUCAGUAUGGCGACUCCUCAAAGGGAAGCAGUUCUCAGUCUGGUUCUCCUCAAGGCCCUCUUCAGUUAGCUGGAAACACUGGAGGGACAUCCACAACAGGAGGCGAUAGCAUGGAAGAUGAUGAAGAUGCAAAGUCUGAGGGUCAUAGCUGGAAAAGUCAAAUGAACAAACCCGGAAAAGAUGAUGUAUAGUGUGCGUCCACCAUGAAUUUUGCAGAUAAAAAGUAUACAUGGGAGGAAUAUUAUGACUAUAUAGCUAUAAUUAUAUAAUAUAUAAAGGAGAAGGACCUUUUGUGAGACAGAGGCUGUUAAAUUUUGCAGGAUUAGCUUUCUUUCUGUAUAUUAUGUGAGUUCUGUUUUCCUCGAAUUGAUAUAGGGACUCCAAAAUGUUUCAUGUUUUCACAGAUGAAAGUGAGACCAGCUAUUUCCAUGUCAUAAAACUUCUAGUUGCCUCUUAAA